GGAGGAGCGCGGGGAGCCUGCCAGCCGCGUUAACCACACCCCGAAGGGACAGUCACCAGGGGGUGGGUGGAGAGACGGCGGCAAGUGCCGGGAGCUGCUCGCGGCGCGGUGGGAAUAACACGGAACCGGCAGCGCGCAGGGUGCCGCCGCCGGGUGCGGGAGAGCGGGACCCGGGAGCUGGGAGCUGCCACAUCGCGGCGCCGCCUUCACCCGCAGCCGGGCUCCCCCGGCACCGCCAUGGGCUCCCCGCACACCCCGCCGCUGGCCCACGUCUUCAGAGGGACCUUCGUGCACUCCAGCUGCGCCUCGCCCGCCGACAUCCUGCACGGCCGCCUGCUCGGGGUGGACGACACCGGGAAAAUUGCAUUUUUGGAACAAACUGACCAGCAAGAGCAACUGGCUAAGAAAUGGGGCUUCAGAGCAUCUGAUAUAAGAGAACUUAGUAAUCAUGAAUUCUUCAUGCCAGGAUUGGUUGAUGCACAUAUCCAUGCACCUCAAUAUUCAUUUACUGGUACAAGAGUAGAUCUACCUCUUUUGGAGUGGUUAAAAACCUACACAUACCCAACAGAAGCCAAAUUCAAAGAUAAUGACUAUGCUGAAGAAGUGUACACAAGAGUUGUAAGAAGAACACUAAAAAAUGGCACAACUACAGCAUGUUACUUUGGAACAAUUCACACAGAUGCUUCUCUGCUUCUGGCUGAAAUUGUAGAUAAAUUUGGUCAGCGAGCAUAUGUUGGCAAAGUUUGCAUGGAUAUCAAUAACGCUGUUCCAGAAUACAAGGAAACCACUGAUGAUUCUGUCAAGGACACAGAAAGGUUUGUUAAAGAACUUCUUGAAAAGAAAUAUCCAAGGGUACAUCCCAUAGUGACACCUCGUUUUGGACCUUCCUGCACUGAAGAGUUGCUGUGUUCACUUGGUAACUUAGCGGAAGCUCACAAUAUUCACGUGCAGAGUCACAUCAGUGAGACAGAAGGAGAAAUGAAACUUGUGGAGGAAAUGUUUCCCACCUAUAAAAAUUACACUGAUUUAUAUGACAAAAACAAGCUACUUACAAGCAAGACAGUGAUGGCCCACGGCUGUUAUCUCUCAGAAGAAGAGCUGGACAUUUUUAAUCUUCGAGGAGCUUCAAUUGCCCAUUGCCCCAACUCCAAUUUUUUGUUGUGUAGUGGCAAUUUAAAUGUGCGAAAAGUUCUGAAACACAAAGUGAAUCUGGGCUUGGGCACAGAUGUUGCUGGUGGAUAUUCAGCUUCCAUGCUAGAUGCUAUAAGGAAAACAAUGAUUACGUCUCAUGGCCUUAAAAUAAAUAAAAUCAAUGAGGAAGGCCUAACAAUUAAAGAAGUUUUCCGACUAGCAACUCUUGGAGGAAGCCAAGCCCUAGGACUAGAUAAUUUGAUCGGAAACUUUGAGGUCGGAAAAGAAUUUGAUGCACUGCUGGUCAACUCCAAGGCGUCAGACAGCCCCUUUGAUUUGUUUGCUGCUGAUACUUUUGAGGAUAGCUUCCAGAAGUUCCUGCAUCUAGGUGAUGAUCGGAAUAUUUCUGAAGUAUAUGUGGCUGGCAAGCAAGUGGUUCCUUUUUCAAGUUCAGUAUAAUUCCGUUUCCCUUCUGCAAAACUGUCUGCUGACCAUUUUACAUCUGAAUCUGAAAGGAUUGGUUAAACACAGUGCCUCAUUGUCAAGAAUGACACCUAACAUUUUUGUUUAAUGUUGUUACUGUGUAGAAUAUUAUAAAUAUCAUUAGAUCUAUCAAGAUUAAAGUUACCAAAAUUA